GCGGCGGUGGGCGGCGGCCGCUCCUCAGCUGGGGCGCGGGCCCGGUUGCUGGACGCCGGAUGCCAGGUCCUUGGCUGAGGAAACUCAUGGACCUGUUACUUUUCUUCUGAGAAAGAAACCAGCUCUCAAAACAAAAUGGCGUUUGUUGCAACACAAGGGGCUACAGUGGUUGACCAAACCACUCUGAUGAAAAAAUACCUUCAGUUUGUGGCAGCUCUCACUGAUGUGAAUACACCUGAUGAAACAAAGUUAAAAAUGAUGCAAGAAGUUAGUGAAAAUUUUGAGAAUGUAACAUCAUCUCCUCAAUAUUCAACAUUCCUGGAACACAUCAUCCCUCGAUUUCUUACAUUUCUCCAAGAUGGCGAAGUCCAAUUUCUUCAGGAGAAACCGGCCCAGCAACUUCGGAAGCUAGUGCUUGAAAUAAUUCAUAGAAUACCAACCAACGAGCAUCUUCGUCCUCACACAAAAAAUGUUUUGUCUGUCAUGUUUCGCUUUUUAGAGACGGAAAAUGAAGAAAAUGUUCUUAUUUGCCUAAGAAUAAUUAUUGAACUACACAAACAGUUCAGACCACCGAUCACACAAGAAAUUCAUCAUUUUUUGGAUUUUGUGAAACAGAUUUACAAGGAGCUGCCAAAAGUAGUGAACCGCUACUUUGAGAACCCUCAGGUGAUCCCUGAGAACACUGUGCCACCCCCAGAAAUGGUUGGUAUGAUAACAACUAUUGCUGUCAAAGUCAACCCUGAGCGGGAGGACAGUGAGACACGGACGCACUCCAUCAUUCCAAGAGGAUCGCUUUCUCUCAAAGUAUUGGCAGAAUUGCCCAUUAUUGUUGUUUUAAUGUAUCAGCUCUACAAGCUGAACAUCCACAACGUUGUUGCUGAAUUUGUGCCCUUGAUCAUGAAUACCAUUGCCAUUCAGGUUUCUGCACAAGCCAGGCAACAUAAGCUUUACAACAAGGAGUUGUAUGCUGACUUCAUUGCUGCUCAAAUUAAAACAUUGUCAUUUUUGGCGUAUAUCAUCAGAAUUUACCAGGAGCUGGUAACCAAGUACUCGCAGCAGAUGGUAAAAGGAAUGUUACAGUUACUUUCAAAUUGUCCAGCAGAGACUGCGCACCUCAGAAAGGAACUUCUGAUUGCUGCAAAACACAUCCUUACCACAGAACUAAGAAACCAGUUUAUUCCUUGCAUGGACAAACUGUUCGAUGAAUCCAUACUUAUUGGCUCAGGAUAUACUGCUCGAGAGACUCUACGUCCACUUGCCUACAGCACACUGGCUGACCUCGUACACCAUGUUCGCCAGCACCUGCCCCUCAGUGACCUCUCACUCGCUGUCCAACUCUUUGCCAAGAACAUUGAUGACGAGUCCCUGCCCAGUAGCAUCCAGACCAUGUCCUGCAAGCUCCUGCUGAACCUGGUAGACUGCAUCCGCUCCAAGAGUGAGCAGGAGAGCGGCAAUGGGAGGGACGUCCUCAUGCGGAUGCUGGAGGUUUUUGUUCUCAAGUUCCACACCAUUGCUCGGUACCAACUCUCUGCCAUUUUUAAGAAGUGCAAGCCUCAAUCUGAACUCGGAGCCGUGGAGGCAGCUCUGCCUGGGGUGCCCACUGCCCCUGCUGCCCCUGGCCCUGCACCCUCCCCAGCCCCUGUUCCCACUCCUGCCCCUCCUCCCCCACCUCCCCCAACCCCUGCCACCCCUGUAACCCCAGCCCCUGUGCCUCCCUUUGAGAAGCAAGGAGAAAAAGACAAGGAAGACAAGCAGACAUUCCAGGUCACAGACUGCCGAAGUUUGGUGAAAACCUUGGUCUGCGGCGUCAAGACGAUCACGUGGGGCAUCACAUCGUGUAAAGCACCUGGUGAAGCUCAGUUCAUUCCCAACAAGCAGUUACAACCUAAAGAAACUCAGAUCUACAUAAAACUUGUGAAGUACGCCAUGCAGGCCUUAGAUAUUUACCAGGUGCAGAUAGCAGGAAAUGGACAAACAUACAUUCGAGUAGCAAAUUGCCAAACUGUUAGAAUGAAAGAAGAGAAGGAGGUAUUGGAACACUUCGCUGGUGUCUUUACCAUGAUGAAUCCCUUAACAUUUAAAGAGAUCUUUCAAACUACAGUUCCUUAUAUGGUGGAAAGAAUCUCGAAAAAUUACGCUCUUCAGAUUGUUGCCAAUUCUUUCCUGGCAAACCCUACUACCUCUGCCCUGUUUGCCACUAUCCUGGUGGAGUACCUCCUGGACCGCCUGCCGGAGAUGGGCUCCAAUGUGGAGCUUUCCAACCUGUACCUCAAGCUCUUUAAAUUGGUCUUUGGCUCAGUCUCCCUUUUUGCAGCUGAGAAUGAGCAAAUGCUGAAGCCUCACCUGCACAAGAUUGUGAACAGUUCCAUGGAGCUUGCACAGACAGCCAAGGAGCCCUACAACUACUUUCUGUUACUCCGUGCACUCUUCCGUUCUAUUGGUGGAGGAAGUCACGAUCUCCUGUAUCAGGAAUUUCUACCUCUCCUCCCGAACCUCCUCCAAGGACUGAACAUGUUGCAGAGUGGCCUGCAUAAGCAGCACAUGAAGGACCUCUUUGUAGAACUGUGUCUCACCGUGCCUGUGCGACUGAGCUCUCUCUUACCUUACCUGCCCAUGUUGAUGGAUCCUUUGGUGUCUGCACUCAAUGGGUCUCAGACUUUGGUUAGCCAAGGCCUGAGGACUCUGGAAUUGUGUGUGGACAACUUGCAGCCUGAUUUCCUGUAUGACCACAUUCAGCCUGUGCGUGCAGAGCUCAUGCAGGCUUUAUGGCGUACGUUACGCAAUCCUGCCGAUAGCAUCUCCCAUGUGGCCUACCGGGUGCUUGGUAAGUUUGGUGGCAGCAACAGGAAGAUGUUAAAAGAAUCCCAGAAGCUACACUACGUUGUAACCGAAGUUCAAGGCCCCAGCAUUACAGUGGAGUUCUCUGAUUGCAAAGCCUCUCUUCAGCUCCCCAUGGAGAAGGCCAUUGAAACUGCCCUGGACUGCCUGAAAAGUGCCAACACAGAGCCCUACUAUCGCAGGCAGGCCUGGGAGGUGAUCAAGUGCUUCCUGGUGGCUAUGAUGAGCUUGGAAGACAACAAGCAUGCACUCUAUCAGCUGCUUGCACAUCCCAACUUUACUGAAAAGGCCAUACCGAAUGUCAUCAUAUCACAUCGCUACAAAGCACAAGACACUCCAGCACGGAAGACCUUUGAGCAGGCUCUCACAGGGGCGUUUAUGUCUGCUGUUAUCAAGGACCUACGGCCCAGUGCCCUGCCUUUUGUAGCUAGCUUGAUACGACACUACACCAUGGUGGCAGUGGCCCAGCAGUGUGGUCCUUUCCUGCUGCCUUGCUACCAGGUGGGCAGUCAGCCCAGCACCGCCAUGUUUCACAGCGAAGAGAACGGGUCAAAAGGAAUGGAUCCUUUGGUUCUUAUUGAUGCUAUAGCUAUCUGUAUGGCCUACGAAGAGAAGGAACUUUGCAAAAUAGGAGAGGUAGCCUUAGCUGUGAUAUUCGACGUUGCAAGCAUCAUCCUGGGCUCAAAGGAGAGGGCGUGCCAGCUACCCCUCUUUUCCUACAUUGUUGAGCGCUUGUGUGCAUGUUGCUACGAGCAGGCAUGGUAUGCAAAGCUUGGAGGUGUGGUGUCCAUUAAGUUUCUCAUGGAGCGACUUCCUCUCACAUGGGUUCUCCAGAACCAGCAGACGUUCCUCAAAGCACUCCUGUUUGUCAUGAUGGACUUAACCGGAGAGGUUUCCAAUGGGGCAGUUGCCAUGGCAAAGACCACCCUGGAACAGCUCCUCAUGAGGUGUGCAACUCCUUUGAAAGAUGAGGAGAGAGCCGAAGAGAUUGUAGCAGCUCAGGAGAAAUCUUUUCACCAUGUGACCCACGACUUGGUUCGAGAGGUCACCUCCCCAAACUCUACUGUGAGAAAACAGGCUAUGCAUUCCCUUCAAGUACUGGCCCAGGUCACGGGGAAAAGUGUGACUGUGAUAAUGGAACCCCACAAAGAGGUCCUCCAGGAUAUGGUUCCACCUAAGAAGCACCUGCUGCGACACCAGCCUGCCAAUGCACAGAUUGGCCUGAUGGAAGGGAACACAUUCUGUACCACACUGCAGCCCCGGCUCUUCACAAUGGAUCUCAAUGUGGUGGAGCAUAAGGUGUUCUACACAGAGCUCCUGAAUUUGUGUGAGGCUGAGGAUUCAGCUUUGACCAAGCUGCCAUGUUACAAGAGCCUUCCAUCACUUGUUCCUUUACGGAUUGCAGCAUUAAAUGCGCUUGCUGCCUGCAAUUACCUUCCUCAGUCCAGGGAGAAAAUCAUCGCCGCACUCUUCAAAGCUCUUAAUUCUACCAACAGUGAACUCCAAGAGGCGGGAGAAGCUUGUAUGAGAAAGUUUUUAGAAGGUGCUACCAUCGAAGUGGACCAGAUUCAUACACAUAUGCGCCCCUUGCUGAUGAUGCUGGGAGAUUACCGAAGUUUGACAUUGAAUGUUGUAAAUCGGCUGACAUCAGUUACUAGGCUUUUCCCAAAUUCCUUCAAUGAUAAAUUUUGCGAUCAGAUGAUGCAACAUCUGCGCAAGUGGAUGGAAGUUGUGGUCAUCACCCACAAAGGGGGCCAGAGGAGCGACGGCAACGAAAUGAAGAUUUGUUCAGCAAUUAUAAACCUUUUUCAUCUGAUCCCAGCUGCACCUCAAACUCUAGUCAAGCCUUUGUUAGAGGUUGUAAUGAAAACAGAACGGGCCAUGUUGAUUGAGGCGGGAAGUCCAUUCAGAGAGCCUCUGAUCAAGUUCCUGACACGGCACCCCUCGCAGACAGUGGAGCUGUUCAUGAUGGAAGCAACCCUCAAUGAUCCCCAGUGGAGCCGAAUGUUCAUGAGUUUUUUAAAACACAAAGAUGCCAGGCCUCUGCGAGACGUACUGGCAGCUAACCCCAACAGGUUCAUCACUCUAUUACUGCCGGGUGGUGCCCAGGCUGCUGUGCGCCCUGGCUCACCCAGCACCAGUACCCUGCGCCUGGACCUCCAGUUCCAGGCUAUCAAGAUCAUCAGUAUUAUCGUGAAAAACGAUGACUCCUGGCUGGCCAAUCAGCAUUCUCUGGUGAGCCAGCUGAGAAGAGUGUGGGUUAGCGAGACCUUUCAAGAAAGACACCGCAAAGAGAACAUGGCUGCCACCAACUGGAAGGAGCCCAAAUUGCUGGCCUUCUGUCUGCUGAACUACUGCAAAAGGAAUUAUGGAGAUAUAGAAUUGCUGUUUCAGCUGCUUCGAGCCUUCACUGGUCGUUUUCUCUGCAAUAUGACAUUCCUGAAAGAGUAUAUGGAAGAAGAGAUUCCUAAAAAUUAUAGCAUUGCUCAAAAACGGGCCCUGUUUUUUCGUUUUGUGGACUUCAAUGACCCCAACUUUGGAGAUGAAUUAAAGGCAAAGGUUCUGCAGCAUAUCUUGAAUCCUGCUUUCUUAUACAGCUUUGAGAAGGGAGAAGGAGAGCAGCUCUUAGGACCUCCCAAUCCUGAGGGUGACAACCCAGAGAGCAUCACUAGUGUAUUUAUAAGCAAGGUCCUGGACCCAGAGAAGCAAGCAGACAUGCUGGAUUCUCUACGCAUCUACCUUCUGCAGUAUGCCACCUUGCUGGUGGAGCACGCCCCCCACCACAUCCACGACAACAACAAGAACCGCAAUAGCAAGCUGCGCCGCCUCAUGACCUUCGCUUGGCCCUGCCUGCUCUCCAAAGCCUGUGUGGAUCCCGCGUGCAAAUACAGCGGGCACUUACUUCUGGCUCACAUUAUUGCCAAAUUUGCAAUACAUAAGAAAAUAGUCCUCCAGGUUUUCCACAGUCUUCUCAAGGCUCAUGCAAUGGAAGCCCGAGCAAUCGUCAGACAAGCAAUGGCUAUCUUGACUCCAGCAGUGCCUGCUCGUAUGGAGGAUGGGCACCAGAUGCUGACUCACUGGACCAGGAAGAUCAUCGUCGAGGAGGGGCACACAGUUCCACAGCUGGUGCAUAUUUUGCAUCUGAUAGUACAGCAUUUUAAGGUGUACUACCCAGUGCGACAUCACUUGGUCCAGCACAUGGUGAGUGCCAUGCAGAGACUGGGCUUCACGCCCAGUGUCACCAUUGAGCAGAGGAGGCUGGCUGUGGACUUGUCUGAAGUCGUCAUCAAGUGGGAAUUGCAGAGGAUCAAGGAUCAGCAGCCGGAUUCAGAUAUGGACCCAAAUUCCAGUGGAGAAGGCGUCAACUCUGUCUCGUCCUCCAUUAAGAGAGGCCUGUCCGUGGACUCUGCCCAGGAAGUGAAGCGCUUCCGGACGGCCACCGGUGCCAUCAGUGCAGUGUUCGGGAGGAGCCAGUCGCUGCCUGGGGCAGACUCUCUUCUUUCUAAGCCCAUUGAUAAGCAGCACACUGACACCGUGGUGAACUUCCUCAUCCGAGUGGCUUGUCAGGUCAACGACAACACGAAUACUGCAGGCUCUCCUGGGGAGGUGCUCUCUCGCCGCUGUGUCACGCUCCUGAAGACUGCCUUACGACCGGAUAUGUGGUCCAAGUCAGAGCUGAAACUACAGUGGUUUGACAAGCUGCUGAUGACUGUGGAGCAACCAAAUCAAGUGAACUAUGGGAAUAUCUGCACCGGAUUGGAAGUGCUGAGUUUCUUGCUGAGUGUUCUGCAAUCCCAGGCCAUCCUCAGCAGUUUCAAGCCCCUGCAGCGGGGCAUCGCUGCCUGUAUGACGUGCGGGAACACCAAAGUACUCAGAGCCGUCCACAGCCUCCUCUCUCGCCUGAUGAGCAUUUUCCCAACAGAACCAAGUACUUCCAGCGUUGCCUCUAAGUACGAAGAGUUGGAGUGUCUCUAUGCCGCUGUGGGGAAGGUCAUCUAUGAAGGACUCACCAACUAUGAGAAGGCGACCAGCGCAAAUCCCUCCCAGCUCUUUGGGACCCUGAUGAUCCUCAAGUCAGCCUGCAGCAACAAUCCGAGCUACAUCGACAGGCUCAUCUCUGUCUUCAUGCGCUCCCUGCAGAAGAUGGUCCGGGAGCACUUAAACCCACAGGCCGCAUCCGGAAGCACUGAGGCAGCUGCAGCAGGAACAAGCGAGCUGGUGAUGCUGAGCCUGGAGCUGGUAAAGACGAGGCUGGCUGUGAUGAGCAUGGAGAUGCGCAAGAACUUUAUCCAAGCCAUUCUGACGUCCCUCAUUGAGAAGUCCCCAGAUGCCAAGAUCCUCCGGGCUGUGGUGAAAAUUGUGGAGGAGUGGGUUAAGAACAAUUCUCCAAUGGCAGCCAACCAGACGCCUACACUCCGGGAGAAGUCCAUUUUGCUGGUGAAAAUGAUGACCUACAUAGAAAAACGCUUCCCAGAAGACCUCGAAUUAAACGCCCAGUUUUUAGACCUUGUUAACUAUGUCUACAGAGAUGAGGCCCUGUCUGGGAGUGAGCUGACCGCGAAGCUGGAGCCUGCUUUCCUCUCAGGGUUGCGUUGUGCCCAACCACUCAUCAGGGCAAAGUUUUUUGAGGUCUUUGACAACUCAAUGAAACACCGGGUCUACGAGCGCCUGCUAUAUGUGACCUGUUCCCAGAAUUGGGAGGCCAUGGGGAACCACUUCUGGAUCAAGCAGUGCAUUGAGCUCCUCUUGGCUGUGUGUGAGAAGAGUACGCCAAUUGGAACCAGCUGCCAGGGGGCUAUGCUUCCAUCCAUAACCAAUGUCAUCAACCUAGCUGACAGCCAUGACCGAGCUGCCUUUGCCAUGGUCACGCACGUCAAGCAGGAGCCUCGGGAGCGAGAGAACAGUGAAUCCAAAGAGGAGGAUGUCGAGAUAGAUAUUGAACUAGCGCCUGGAGAUCAGACUAGCACACCCAAAACCAAAGAACUUUCUGAAAAGGACAUUGGGAACCAGCUGCACAUGUUAACCAACCGCCAUGACAAGUUCCUCGAUACUCUUCGGGAAGUGAAGACGGGAGCCCUGCUUGGUGCCUUUGUUCAGCUGUGCCACAUUUCCACGACGCUGGCGGAGAAGACCUGGGUCCAGCUUUUCCCCAGACUCUGGAAGAUCCUCUCGGACAGACAGCAGCAUGCCCUGGCGGGGGAGAUCAGUCCAUUCUUGUGUAGUGGUAGUCACCAGGUACAGCGGGACUGUCAGCCCAGCGCAUUGAACUGCUUUGUGGAAGCCAUGUCCCAGUGUGUCCCUCCCAUCCCCAUCCGGCCCUGUGUUCUGAAGUAUCUGGGGAAGACACACAACCUCUGGUUCCGCUCUACAUUGAUGCUGGAGCACCAGGCUUUCGAAAAAGGACUGAGUCUGCAGAUUAAGCCAAAGCAAACGACAGAGUUUUAUGAGCAGGAGAGCAUAACACCACCGCAGCAGGAGAUCCUGGAUUCCCUUGCUGAGCUUUACUCCCUGCUGCAAGAGGAGGACAUGUGGGCUGGUUUGUGGCAGAAGCGGUGCAAAUACUCAGAGACGGCAACUGCGAUCGCCUAUGAGCAGCAUGGCUUCUUUGAGCAGGCUCAGGAAUCCUAUGAAAAAGCAAUGGACAAAGCCAAAAAGGAACAUGAGCGAAGUAACGCAUCCCCUGCCAUUUUCCCUGAAUACCAACUCUGGGAAGACCACUGGAUUCGGUGCUCCAAGGAGUUGAACCAGUGGGAAGCCUUGACCGAGUAUGGCCAGUCCAAAGGCCACAUAAAUCCCUACCUCGUCCUGGAGUGUGCAUGGCGGGUGUCCAACUGGACUGCCAUGAAGGAGGCGCUGGUGCAGGUAGAAGUAAGUUGUCCCAAAGAGAUGGCAUGGAAGGUCAACAUGUACCGUGGGUACCUGGCCAUCUGCCACCCUGAGGAACAGCAGCUCAGCUUUAUCGAGCGCCUGGUGGAAAUGGCCAGCAGCCUGGCCAUCCGAGAGUGGCGGCGGCUGCCCCAUGUGGUGUCACACGUGCACACGCCCCUCCUGCAGGCAGCUCAGCAGAUCAUCGAGCUUCAAGAAGCGGCCCAAAUCAACGCAGGCUUGCAGCCCACAAACCUAGGGAGGAACAACAGCCUCCAUGACAUGAAGACGGUGGUGAAGACCUGGAGGAACCGGCUGCCCAUCGUGUCUGACGACCUGUCCCACUGGAGCAGCAUCUUCAUGUGGAGGCAGCACCAUUACCAGGGUAAACCGACCUGGUCCGGCAUGCAUUCAUCAUCUAUUGUAACUGCAUAUGAAAAUAGUUCGCAGCACGAUCCAAGUUCAAAUAAUGCUAUGCUUGGGGUUCAUGCCUCAGCUUCGGCUAUCAUUCAGUAUGGCAAAAUUGCUCGGAAACAAGGACUCGUCAAUGUAGCGCUGGAUAUCUUAAGUCGAAUUCAUACGAUCCCAACCGUGCCUAUCGUGGAUUGCUUCCAGAAGAUUCGGCAGCAAGUUAAAUGCUACCUUCAGCUGGCAGGAGUGAUGGGCAAGAAUGAGUGCAUGCAGGGGCUUGAAGUUAUUGAGUCUACAAAUCUAAAGUACUUCACAAAAGAGAUGACAGCUGAAUUUUAUGCACUGAAGGGAAUGUUUUUGGCUCAAAUCAACAAGUCCGAGGAAGCCAACAAAGCCUUUUCCGCCGCUGUGCAGAUGCAUGACGUGCUGGUGAAGGCCUGGGCCAUGUGGGGGGACUACCUGGAAAACAUCUUUGUGAAGGAGCGGCAGCUGCAUCUCGGGGUGUCUGCCAUCACCUGUUACCUACAUGCAUGCCGACAUCAGAAUGAGAGCAAAUCAAGGAAAUACUUGGCCAAGGUGCUGUGGCUGUUGAGUUUUGAUGAUGACAAGAACACAUUGGCAGAUGCUGUCGACAAGUACUGCAUUGGGGUGCCGCCCAUCCAGUGGCUGGCCUGGAUCCCGCAGCUGCUCACCUGCCUGGUGGGCUCCGAGGGCAAGCUGCUUCUCAACCUCAUCAGCCAGGUUGGACGAGUCUACCCCCAAGCUGUCUACUUUCCUAUCCGGACUCUCUACCUGACCUUGAAAAUAGAACAACGGGAGCGCUACAAGAGUGAUUCUGGACAGCAGCAGCCCAGUUCAGUGGGUAACCAGUCCCAUUCUGCAUCAGAUCCAGGGCCCAUAAGAGCCACGGCCCCCAUGUGGCGCUGCAGCCGAAUCAUGCACAUGCAGCGGGAGCUGCACCCCACCCUGCUGUCCUCCCUCGAAGGCAUCGUGGAUCAGAUGGUCUGGUUCCGAGAGAACUGGCACGAGGAGGUGCUCAGGCAGCUGCAGCAGGGCCUGGCCAAAUGCUACUCUGUCGCCUUUGAGAAAAGCGGAGCAGUGUCCGAUGCCAAAAUCACUCCUCACACCCUGAAUUUUGUCAAGAAGUUGGUGAGCACGUUUGGGGUGGGCCUGGAGAAUGUGUCCAACGUGUCCACCAUGUUCUCCAGUGCGGCCUCUGAGUCACUGGCCCGCCGCGCACAGGCCACAGCCCAGGACCCCGUCUUCCAGAAGCUGAAAAGCCAGUUCACGACAGAUUUUGACUUCAGUGUCCCAGGAUCCAUGAAGCUUCACAAUCUCAUUUCUAAGUUGAAAAAGUGGAUAAAAAUCUUGGAGGCGAAAACCAAGCAGCUGCCCAAGUUCUUCCUCAUCGAGGAGAAGUGCCGCUUCCUCAGCAACUUCUCCGCGCAGACAGCCGAGGUGGAGAUCCCGGGCGAGUUCCUCAUGCCCAAGCCCACGCACUACUAUAUCAAGAUUGCCCGGUUCAUGCCGCGGGUGGAGAUUGUGCAGAAGCACAACACGGCGGCACGCCGGCUGUACAUCCGUGGGCACAAUGGCAAGAUCUACCCGUACCUGGUGAUGAACGAUGCGUGCCUCACCGAGUCGCGGCGUGAGGAGCGUGUGCUGCAGCUGCUGCGCCUGCUCAACCCCUGCCUGGAGAAGCGGAAGGAGACCACCAAGAGACACCUGUUCUUCACAGUGCCGCGGGUGGUGGCCGUGUCCCCGCAGAUGCGCCUGGUGGAGGACAACCCCUCCUCGCUGUCCCUCGUGGAGAUCUACAAGCAGCGCUGUGCCAAGAAAGGCAUUGAGCACGACAACCCCAUUUCCCGCUACUACGACAGGCUGGCCACGGUGCAGGCCCGUGGGACCCAGGCCAGCCACCAGGUCCUGCGGGACAUCCUGAAGGAGGUGCAGGGCAACAUGGUACCCCGCAGCAUGCUGAAGGAGUGGGCGCUGCAUGCACUGCCCAACGCCACCGACUACUGGACCUUCCGGAAGAUGUUCACCAUUCAGCUGGCGCUCAUCGGCUUCGCGGAGUUUGUGCUGCACCUCAACCGCCUCAACCCCGAGAUGCUGCAGAUCGCACAGGACACAGGCAAGCUGAAUGUCGCCUACUUCCGGUUCGACAUCAAUGAUGCCACUGGGGACCUGGAUGCCAACCGGCCCGUCCCGUUCCGCCUCACCCCCAAUAUCUCCGAGUUCCUCACCACCAUCGGUGUGUCGGGCCCGCUCACUGCCUCCAUGAUCGCUGUGGCCCGCUGCUUCGCCCAGCCUAACUUCAAGGUGGACGGCAUUCUGAAGACCGUGCUCCGUGACGAGGUGAUUGCGUGGCACAAGAAAACGCAGGAGGACACGUCCUCGCCGCUGUCGGCCGCAGGGCAGCCCGAGAACAUGGACGGCCAGCAGCUGGUGUCGCUUGUGCAGAAGGCCGUCACCGCCAUCGUCACGCGCCUGCACAACCUGGCACAGUUUGAGGGCGGUGAGAGCAAGGUGAAUACGCUGGUGGCUGCGGCCAACAGCCUGGACAACCUGUGCCGCAUGGACCCCGCCUGGCACCCGUGGCUGUGACCCGCGCUCGCGCCCGCGCGUGGCUUUUUGAAAACCCGGGUUCUCGGCCUAGCCUAGGGCUCUAUUUACGGUGCUCCCUGCAGGGCCGGGCCUCUGACACACGAGCCCAUUUGCCCCCGCAGGUGAGGCGGGGGUGGGUGUGGCCCAGGGACUGCAGCACACGGCCGGCCGUGCGCUGAGCACCGCCCCCUACGUACGCCCCGCCUCCCUUACGUGCGCAUGCCCGCCCGCCCUCUGAGUCGGGCAGGGGAGGGGACGUGCGCUGCGCGGCCGCCCAUGCCCCAAGACCUCGCGAUCAGUGUGCCCGGACCGAUUCCCCUCCCAACCGAAGCGGAGCCGGGGAGCUUGCCCCGCUCCGCCCGCCUUUUAUAACCGGCUGUGAGCGCUCUGUCUGAAUUUGCACAGUGUGAUUUUUUUAGAAUAAAUAUUUUAUAAAAGGG